AUGGCUACAGAAGCUGAUAUUCCCAUGGAUUGUCAAUUGCCAGAGGCCGACUCGCAUUCCGAAGAGCGGGCUGCGAAGCGAAUUAAGAUUGACGACGCAGCUGCUCCCCAGAAUCAAAAUGGAGAGGCUGGCCAAGACGCGACUCGCCCUUCGCAGAACGGCAACGAAACUCAGCCUACGCCCGAGGCUUCAAAACCUUCCGACGCGAAUGGCGGACCGGCAGACCGUGUUAAGGGCAUGGCUCCCAUCAAGAAAGAGCAAGAUGAGCCCCCCCCUACUGUGGAUGAUGACGCCGCUGAAGGCCGGGGCACAACUGGCCGAGACCAGUCUCAGAGAGACGGCGAAGACUCCAGAUCUCAGGGAAAGAAGGGAAAGAAGAAGGCAAAGGGCCAGAAUACGGAUCGCUCAUUCGGAAGAUUCGACGAUGCUAUUCCCCUCUGUAGCAGCAGGGCCUAUUCCCCGGAAUUUUCACCAAAGGAGUGCCGCUAUGGCGACUCGUGCAAGAUGUGCCACGAUCUACGCAAAUACUUGAGCGAGGGUCGUCGCGAGGACGUCGAAGCUCUCGGCGGGAAAUGCCCUGCUUUCGAGGCUUAUGGCUACUGUGCUUCGGGCUGGAAGUGCCGGUUCGUCAAGAGCCAUAUGCAAGAGAUUGAGCACGCCGAUGGCAGGAAGGAGCUGGUCUUGAGCGAUAACCGCCCGCCAAAGGCAGAACCCAAGGAGGCACCAAAGCCCAAGGAGGAUGAGUCUGCUGAGCCAGAGGCUUCUGAGGAAAAGGGGCCGAAUACUGAGGAGCGGGCGAAAAGCGAAGACGAGCUACGGCCUGACAUCUACAACGUCGUCACGAUGGGCCAAAAGAUCCAGCUCAACCGCAAGAGACUCGACUUCACCAAGGCGGACCAAUACAUCCAAUGGCUGAACCAUGAGGGUGGCAUUAGCCAAGACUUCCAUCAUCGCCGAAAAGACCAACCGGCGAUGGGACUCGAAGACCUCCGAGCUCGAUUUGUCGACCCGCCGUUCAAGCCAUCCGAGAAGCGCCGCCUGUACUUUGGUCCAGAGACUCCGACGCUUGCUCCUCUGACUACCCAGGGAAACCUACCAUUCCGACGGCUGUGCGUUGAGCUCGGUUGUCAGGCCACCUACUCAGAAAUGGCCUUGGGAAUGCCUCUUCUCCAGGGAUCCAAGCCUGACUGGACUCUGAUGCGCGCUCACAAGUCUGAGAUUACGCCUCCCAAGAUGAACCCUGGAGCCAUCCCGUUGUUCGACGACUACGAUAACUCACGCGAUCUCAAGUUUGGCGCCCAGAUCUCCGGUAGUGCUCACUGGGUCGUCACCAAGGCCGCCGACGUUCUCAACCGCUACUGUCCUCAUCUCCGCCUGAUUGACCUCAACUGCGGCUGCCCAAUCGACAAGGUCUUCAAGGGCGGCGCUGGCUCUGCGCUUCUGGAGGCGAGUGGCAAGUUGGAGCGCAUGAUUCGAGGCAUGAAUGCUGUGUCUGGCGAGAUUCCCAUCACUGCCAAGAUCAGGACCGGAGUUCGCAAGGAUCGACCAACAGCGACUCAGAUCAUUGGCAAGCUGGCCUUUGGAGCUCGCGAGCAUCGUGAACGCCUCGGCGCUCCCGGAUGCGCGGCGCUUACUCUCCACGGCCGCAGCCGCGAGCAGCGGUACACCAAGACAGCGGAUUGGGGCUACAUUGGCGAAUGCGCCGCCCUCAUCAAGACGUACAACGAGGAGAAGGCCAAAGUCACCGACACCAUUGCCGAGCCGGACGAGAGCACGCUGCCCAACGCCAAGGACGGGCGCAUGUACUUCCUCGGCAACGGCGACUGCUUCUCCCACGUCGACUACUACGAGCACAUUGACAACGCCCGCGUCGACACGGUCAUGAUUGGCCGCGGCGCCCUCAUCAAGCCCUGGAUCUUUGAGGAGAUUGAAAAGGGCCAGUACCUCGACAAGUCGUCCACCGAGCGUCUUGGCUACAUUGAAAAGUUUGUCAAGUACGGUCUCGAGGCCUGGGGCUCCGACGAGCUGGGCAUCGGCUACACCAGGCGCUUCCUGCUCGAGUAUCUGAGCUUCGCGCACCGCUAUGUGCCGAUUGGCCUGUUGGAGCACUUGCCUCCGCGGUUGAACGACCGGCCGCCGGCGUAUAAGGGUAGAGAUGAGAUGGAGACGUUGAUGGCGUCGGAUAACUACAAGGACUGGAUCAAGAUCAGCGAAAUGUUCCUCGGACCGGUUCACCCAGGCUUCCAGUUCCAGCCCAAGCACAAAUCGAAUGCCUACGAAGCUGAAGGCUAG